AUGGUCCCCGCUGCCACUUCACUUGCUAUCUUUUGCAGACGAAUUCAGCACCAAAAUUCCACAAUACCAGUGUUUGAGUUGGAGACCACCUAUUUGCAAGAUUCGAACCAUUUUGGGCAUGUUUUGAAAGGAUUCGAAGGGUUCUUAAGUUCAUCAAAGUCUACAACAAACAUGAAGAGACUCAGAAAAUUUCAACCUGAAGAUAGAAUUUUCUCUAUGUCUUCAGUGACCUCACCCACGAUAUGCAAAUUUCUAACCUGUGGACAAUUGAAUUCCCUUUUUUUUGCAAAAGCAUCCUAGGUUUAUUUGUUUGAAGCAUCGGAUAAUAUUUAUGCUGUACGAGCAAUUAAUUUUCAGUCCCUAAUCAUAACUUUUAUAAGUGAAAUAUAUUUGGUAUGAUAUAAUGAUGAAAGAGAAGGAUCUUGGACCCUCCUGGUGAGAAGAGGUGUAGAAGGAUGAACAAAAAUAGAGUAUGGACUGACACAAGCAAAACACACUAGAAUAUAGAUGGCGUCUUGGACUCCUUCCACGGAAAGAUGAUUGUAGUUCAUUAACUAUUCAACGAUACUUUAAUGAAAUCUCUUAGCAUUGCAAGCUCACCCUUUAGAGCUUGCAACCUCAAACAAUGGUGUCUCUCAUAAACACUAUAUAAGCCUCACUCUAGAGUUAAAUAACCCUCUCUAACUCGAUUCUAUACUCGCCGCGAAUGAGGGUACACCACACUAACCGAAAACUGAUUUAGUGCUCCCUUAUAUAAUGCAAUAAAACUAUAAAAGGAAUCUCACAAUAGUACAACAUGCAUAACGCAUCGCACAAAACUUAGACAAGCUUCUGACGUGGCUUGC